UAGAUCCGGAACCAAAUGACUAUGGCGAAAUAGUUGCCUGGUUUGGGCGUGAUACCAUAUGGUAUACUCAUUGGCUGGGUGUUUAUUAUAACACCAAGCCAACGGAUUUUAUCUUAAAGGAACCGAAUACUUCCACUGUAGCUUUUACUGCUAACGGUGUAGCUAUGCAUCCAGGCGAUGAUGGUAGAUUCUCAGUCGUAAGAUUCACUGCACCAAAGGAUGGAAAUUAUGUUCUAGACACAACGUUCACACAUAUUCAUAGUUGUGCACGACAUUCAGGAGUUUACAUAAUAUAUAAUAAUCUAAUGACGCUUUGGGAAAUAGACCUAGCCGGUCCCAAAGAUUCAAGAUCGUUCAAAACGACUGAUAAAGGAAUUGCUGUUAGAGCAAAUGAGCCUAUCGAUUUUAUUGUGGGCGUUGGUCUAGAUAAUGUCUUCUAUUGCGAUAUGACUC